UAUGAUUUGAACAAAAAGGGGGAAAAAAAAGGUUGAAUCCCAUCCCAUGUUUCAGUUGUUAUAUUUUCUUGCUUUAGCAAGGCUGUGGUGCAGAAAGAUGAGCAUGGUGACACUUUCUGUGCUUGAUCAGAACCUGUGAUGAAAAAGAAAACGCACACACAUGGGAAGCCUAAUUGAGAAUGGGUUGUCAGUGUAGGUUUAUCUGAAAUACUCUGACCCAGAAUUUUCUUCUUGAGAGGAUAUAAAGUUUCAACUUAGUCUUUAGACUCUGAAAUUUUGCUUGUAAUUUAUUAACCUAUAUCAUUACCAUGAGAACACCAUCCUGCAUAUAAAAGUCAGAUCAGACUUUAUUCAUUAAAGCUAGAACAACUGUUGAACCAAAAAUUGUAGCUCAUGACCUGUUCCUAUAACUUGACAUUACUGCUACAUGAAAUGUUUGGUUUGUAUAAUCUUAAGAGAUUACCAAUACUUAAUUGUAGGAAUUUGUGAUUUUUUUUUUCUUUAGAUAUGGAAAGAUCAGUGUCUGUUUAAGGAGCUAAAGCCGCUCAGAAUCUUAAGCGAUAUAAAAAAUACUGUUGAGUAAAAGGAACACAUGGACCGAAAAGUGUUUUCAGUUGUUAUUUUGAAAAGGUCAGCAGUGCACUGAUACACCAUGAGUGUAUUACAACACUGAAACCAUAACACAAGCAUAUCAACAGCAGAAAUAGUUUUAUGUGACAAGAACUUAAUUGAUUUUAAAAAUGAUGUACAUGCUGCACUGGCCAAGAUCUUGCUGUACCUUUUAUCCUUUUACGUUUUAGAGUGUGUGAGAUUUGAAUAGAUCUGUGUAUGCAGUGUUUCCCCUAUCGUUAUAUUGGAGGAGGGAUACAAAAACACACAGUUUAAAGUGCAUAUCCUGGACCAAAUUCUUUUUUUUUUUUUUGAAACAGUAUAUGAAAGUAUGUCCCUUUACACACUCAUCCAGAAGGGUAAUUUUGCACAAGGCCAUCUGUCUACAGCAGAAAAAAAUAAAUAACAAAACGCAUCUGGAAAAAUCCCAAGGGAGUCUGGAGCCAGAUUCAUGACGUCACCUGCGGAAGCGCCAGCAGGCUGUGAGAGCUUUGCACGGUUUCAGUGCACAGCAUGUGUAGACCAAGCGCUCCCAUUUCUCUCUCAUUUUCCGGUCUUUUGGGAAACGAUGAGUGCUAAUCCCGUCAAGAUUGGUGUUGCUACACCCUCCUACGAUACAUCUGUUAACCAUUUUAAUAAUUGCGUGAUAACGUUGAAGAAAUUUGCAGAAAACCACCAGGUCGUUUUCUCAUAAACAAACCAGCGCUGGCGUAGGAUUCAGAGGGAGGCGUCCCGCACGUGACGUCACGAAAAUCAGUGUUUGCCGGGAAAUCCAAAUGCCAAUUUUUUUCAGAGGCGGACCAAUUCGCCUCAAAAGGCUUGAUUUCAACUGAGUUUUUCUGGUAUUGCGCAAGGUAAAAAAAAAAUGCGCAAAAUGUGACAGAUAUUUGACCAAAGUUUAAUAUAGGAGAAUUACGUUGAUCUUGCUCCUGAAUUUACCCGUGAUAUACACUUUAAGGUUCCAGGGGGAGGGAAAAAAAACAAAUGAGUGCAGGCAUUAGGACCACGUGGAAAGAGCGCCUACUCAAAAACAGGAGAGUGCGCAGGCACUAAGACCAUGCAGAAACAUCCCCCGCUCAAGCUGUUGGUUUCCUAUCCGAUUCACUCUCCUCUCGUGCGCUCAAAAAUGAUUCAAUUUGAACAAUGUCAGAACCCCCCAAGCGGCAAAAGAUGGAGGACAUAGGAAUUUUUUUUUAAAUAUAUAAAUAAAGUGUGAGUGGCUCACAUGGCCAUAGGCCGGUGAGGUACUACCAUUACCUGUUGUCUGUCCACAGUUCACAAAGAUUGCUACUCCUCCAUGAGUUUUCAAUGGAUUUUGAUUCUGAUUGUUUUUGUUUGGAAGAUCAAAUUGUUGUUCUCAUAAAGAGCAAUUUAGCUAAUUAUAAAUGAGUCUGGUUUCUCAUGGUACAGCCGUGUGAGCUACUGUGUCGCUGACGUGCUGGUAUUAAGUUAGCUGAUAAGUUAUGAAUACUCCUAGUGAGAUCAUGUUGGAAUAUGAUAUCACUUUGUAAACAUCAAGUUAGCUUGCCAUAGAAAAUUACUUUACAUGUUACAAACGAACACAGUCAGUCUACUACUGUACUUCACUCAGCACAUAAAUCAAAGUAGUGAUGGGCAGUGGAGAGAGAGCAGGAACAGCUGCCCUGGGUGAUGGGCAGGAAGCAGGGACAGCUGCCCCAGGUGAUGGGCAGGAAGCAGGGACAGCAUGUAGAAAGUGGAGAGGCCUCCUUCCAGCGCUCCAACAGCCAUGACAAGGUGAGGAAGAUUGUAGCGGAGGAAGGACGCGCUGCUCGCAACCUCAUUGCCUGGAGUGUGCCUCUAGAGAACAAGGAAGAGGAGAGCAAAUACACAUACACAAACGGAAAGUCAAAAGCUCACAACAACAGCAAUGCAAGAGCUCAGCGCAUCAACUCCAUACAACACAGGAGCAAAAAACCGCCUGUGGCGCUGGACUGCAAAGCUGCAGCAGGGUCCAUGCUGGAGAAAGGAGCAGAGAAGAGCCCCACUAAAACCAGGCAGCCACGCAAAGUAGACCUGAGGGCUCGUUACUGGGCCUUCCUAUUCGAUAACCUGCGCCGGGCUGUCGAUGAGAUCUACGUCACAUGUGAAUCAGACCAGAGUGUUGUGGAGUGUAAGGAAGUUCUGAUGAUGUUGGACAACUAUGUACGAGACUUUAAAGCUCUCAUUGACUGGAUCCAGCUGCAGGAGAAGCUGGAGAAAACUGAUGCCCAAAACAGGCCUACUUCUUUGGCAUGGGAGGUUCGCAAAAUGUCCCCUGGACGCCAUGUCAUGCCCAGUCCAUCAAAAGACAGACUUGUUCCAUCUCCCAGUGUUCGCCGCACCCUCAAUUUUGGUGGUCCUCCUCCCACUCUUGCUGUAGCAUGCCUUUCUCACUCCGGACACAGCUAUGCCGACCGGGUGAAGUGCUCUCAGGCGCUGCCAGUGCCCAACCAGAGCGUUUCAGUUCCUACAGAGAAACCAGGUCAACUGCAGAUCUUCAAACUUUCUACAUUUGGCACAAAGAUCACUUCUAAAUGCAGAUUUCGCAAAAUAGAUGCUGAGGGCUGGGAGACAGUGCAACGGGGCCGCUCCAUGAAGCCUCGUGCCGUUGCAAUGGUGGCCAAGGUCAGUCCUGUCCUGGCGCACGUCAGCCCCAAAAAUGUGAGUGAUGAGCAGAACCAGCAGCUGCAGGACAAAGCGCAGAGACCAGAGGAACAGCAGGGGGACAGCCAGCUCAUCUCCCCAGAGCAAAACCCAGAGUGUGAGAAGGCCUCUGUCCUCGAGCCCCCUUCAGACAGUGACCAAGCAUCUAGCCAGUGUGUGCCACCCCCUAUAUCCAAGUCCCCUCCGGCUCCUUCUUCCCCCGAGCCCCCAACUCCAGCUCUAGUUCCUCCUCCAUCAUCUCCACGGUUCGAGGAGCCUGGUGUUGGACUGGUUGGAGGGGAGCAGGAGCCGGCGGGGGUAGCAUGCCAGGUCACGGCACCAUCUGCUGCUGAAGAAGGAGCAGCAGUGACAGCAGCAGCGACCCGUAUUCCCUUGGCAGAAGUGAAACUGGAGAGCAUGCUGGACCCCACAGAGCUUUCCACUCCCCAAUCCAUGGCUGAAGUGUUGGCUAAAAAGGAGGAGCUGGCCGAUCGGCUAGAGAAGGCCAACGAGGAGGCCAUCGCCAGUGCCAUCGCUGAGGAGGAGCAGCUCACCCGCGAGAUCCAGGCUGAGAACAACGAACUGGAGAGGGACACCGAGAGCGAUUUUUCAGUUGGCAUUGGAAGCGGAGGCUGUGGGCUCAACUUAGACUGGAGUGAGAUGUUGGCUGAUUAUGAUGCGCGAGAACCAUGGCGUCAGAGCACCUCAUGGGGGGACAUAGUGGAGGAGGAACCAGCUCGGCCUCCUGGCCAUGGCAUCCAUAUGCAUGAGAAGCUUUCCUCGCCAUCACGCAAAAGAACCAUUGCAGAGUCCAAGAAGAAACAUGAAGAGAAGCAGCUUAAAGCUCAGCAGCUGCGAGACAAGCUGAGAGAGGAGAAGAGCCACAAGCUGCAGAAACUUUUAGAGAGAGAGAAGGAGGUGAGGAAAUGGAAAGAAGAGCUGCUAGAGCAGAGGAGGAGGAUGAUGGAGGAGAAGCUGCUCCAUGCGGAGUUCAAGCGGGAGCUGCAGCUGCAGGCCAUUGUGAAAAAGGCACAGGAAGAGGAGGCAAAGGUGAAUGAGAUCGCAUUCAUAAACACACUGGAGGCUCAGAAUAAGAGACAUGAUGUGCUGGCCAAGCUGAACGAGUAUGAACAGCGACUCGGUGAGCUACAGGAGGAGCGACAGAGGAGGCAAGAGGAGAAGCAGGCCAGAGAUGAAGCUGUGCAGGAGCGAAAGCGGGCUCUAGAAGCAGAGCGACAGGCACGGGUGGAGGAGCUCUUGAUGAAGAGAAGAGAGCAGGAAGCGCGGAUAGAGCAGCAGCGGCAGGAGAAGGAGAGAGCCAGGGAGGAUGCGGCCCGCGAGAGAGCAAGAGACCGUGAGGAGCGUCUGGCUGCCCUGAGUGCCGCUCAGCAGGAGGCCAUGGAGGAGCUGCAGAAGAAGAUUCAAAUGAAGCAUGAUGAGAGCAGUCGCAGGCACAUGGAGCAGAUUGAACAGAGGAAAGAGAAGGCAGCUGAGCUGAGCAGCGGCAGACAUGCCAACACAGACUACGCUCCUAAACUCACUCCCUACGAGCGCAAGAAACAGUGCUCCCUUUGCGGUGUUGUGAUCACCUCCGAGGUGCACCUGUUGAGUCACACCAAGGGCAAGAGGCACCAGCAGGCAGUGAGGGAGAGCAGCAGCAUCCAGGGAAGAGAACUGUCGGAUGAGGAGGUGGAGCACCUGUCUUUAAAGAAGUACAUUGUAGACAUAGUGACCGACACCACUGUGACUCCUGAGACGAACCAGGAUGGAGAAGAGAGGCAGAAAGCACGAAAAAAGGCUAAGAAACUCCGCACGCGUAUGAACUCAAGGGCUAAGGAGUAUGAGACAUCUGUGGAGGCGAAGAUGCAGAUUCCAGAUUCUCCUUACAAGGCCAAACUGCAGCGACUGGUGAAGGACUUGGGAAAGCAGCUGCAGGGGCAGGACAGUGGCCAGUGGGCCAACAACAAAGUGUCUGGCUUGGACAGAACCCUGGGUGAGAUCUCCCGCAUUCUGGAGAAACAGAAUAAUGCGGAUCAGGUAGCGUUUCAAGUGGGAGGGGGUCUGUCUGCACUGGAACAGAUUCUGCAGGUAGUCACGGCCGCCUCCUCUCCCACAGCCAUCCCACGCAUUCCACUUAAGUCUCUGUCUGCUGCUGUCAACGUGUAUUACCUGGCCUGCUCCCACUGCUGCAGCAACUGCUUUUACGUUUUCUACAGCAACAAAAUCGCCCCUCUCAUGGACCUCCUUCUCCACCAACUCACGCUCUAUGUUCCUGAUGAGGAUAAGUCCAUCUUUGGCCGCACUGUGAACAAACAGAUCUUUGAGGGUUUGACCACCGGUCUGCUCCAGACCACUGCUACAGUUUUGAAUCUCCUGGAUCUUUCUGGACUGGAAGCUGGAAAGGGUUCUUCCUGGAUCUGUUCUCCUGAUAUCAAGAUUAAGACAGUCGAGAACUUCGCUACCCGUGUUCAAGACCUCAUCAGCUAUGUGGUGAAUAUGGGUGUGAUUGACAAGCUGUACGGCUGCUUCCUGUCUGUGCAAGGCCCGAUCGAUGAGAGUCCUAAAAUGUCUGCCUUUCUGGAGCAGGCUACAGCUCUCCUCCAUGCCAUGUGCAAGUUGUGUUUUGCCGUGAACGGCCGCUCCUCCAGUAUCUUCGACAAUAAACGGCAGGACUCUACUGGGCUGACAACAUUGCUACAGAACACUGACCUUGUUGGCGUGCUGCACAUGCUGUAUUGUAUCCUCCUGCACAACACCGUGCCUGAGCCCCAGUCUGGUAGCAUGGCAUCGCUCCAGGAGCCUUACAGCCCUGCUGUGGUCCAGGUGGCACUUCAAGGCCUGCGCUUCCUCAACAGCUUUGCCCUGCUCGACCUUACUGCCUUCCAGUCUGUCUUGGGAGCUGAGGGAUUAUCUCUGGCCUUUCGACACAUCGUGAGCUCUCUGCUGUGGUAUUGCUCACAGAACAAUUCCGAGGAACUGCUGCAUGAAGUCAUCAUCUGUGUAGGCUUUUUCACCGUCAACCAUCCAGACAAUCAGGUGAUCGUGCAGUCUGGCCGGCAGCCCAGCGUGCUGCAGAAACUGUGUCAGCUGCCGUUCCAGUACUUCAGCCACCCGCACCUCAUCAAGGUGCUCUUCCCGUCACUGAUCAGCGCCUGCUACAACAACCAGCAGAACAAAGUCAUCCUGCAGCAGGAGAUGAGCUGUGUGCUCCUGGCCACAUUUAUACAGGAUUGUGCCUCCAAUGAGAACCAGACUGACAACAGGCCCUCACAGCAAGAGAGGAGCUCUGCUCUGCUAGAUUAUUGUGAGCUAUCUAACCGCUUCCCCCGAGAUCAGUGGGACUCAGCACUUCAGUUCUUCCUCAAUAAGCAGGAAGAGUAAGUGAGACGAGGAGUAUACACUGGAAUACACACACAGUCCUACAGUGCGGCUCCAGAGCAGUACACAGCGGACUACAGGAUAUUACAUGGUCCUUUGUACCAGCACAUUUUUCUCUAAGCACAACAUCAAAACACUUUCACUACGUAGUUUCAGUUACUGUACGUGGGCUUUUAGCCAAGUUUGACAAGUAUGUGCCGGCAUGUAGCAACUGAUUUUUUUUUUUUUUUGACUGGAUUUUUGUAAAUCUCCUUAAUAACGGUGCAUUUAACCAAAUAAUUAUGUACUAAACGCGGAUAAACUUUUUCGAUGUACACAAUGUAAUAAACAGUCUUUACAAUGCAAUUACUUAAGAGCAUAACAAGUUACAUUUCUAAAGUUGUUUGAAUGUAUGAAGAUAUUUGCUGUGUAAAUAUACAGUUACUCGGAGCUGACAGUUUGAAGUGAAAUCAGUUCUCUUCCAAAUGAAUGGAUCUGUUCAAACAGUUUUUCAGAGUGCACAAUAGUGUACUGUUCUUUUCAAGCUGGAUGUUCUUUUGAUGUAUUAAUUGUACGGUUUGUGUUUUGUUUUGUAAAUAAAAGACGUUAUCUCUUUA